AUGUCCACUAGACCAGCUGGAUCACCUGAGAAGGCACAAGAUGCCAAAAAACAAAAGACAGAGGACGUCCAAGUCAAGAAGAAGGUCUGUUUGAUUGUUCACGAUGGAUGGGGUUUAUCGGAUAACGAAAAGGGAAAUGCGAUCUUCCAUGGUGAUACCACUCACAUGGACGCUAUAAGGGAUAAACAUAACUUCGUAGAGCUCGAAGCUCACGGUUUGGCUGUGGGUUUGAAAGAGGGUUUGAUGGGUAAUUCCGAAGUUGGCCACUUGAAUAUCGGUGCUGGUAGAAUCGUAUGGCAAGAUAUUGUCAAGAUUGAUCAAUCAAUCAAGAAAGAUGAAUUCCAAAACCAACCUGCCAUCGUCGACGCGAUGAACCACGCUAAAUCCACUUCUGGCCGACUCCACCUGCUAGGUCUCAUCUCAGAUGGAGGUGUUCAUUCGCACAUCCAACAUUUAUUCGCUUUGUUACGAGUAGCUAAGAAACAUGAGAUCCCCCAUGUGUACAUCCACUUCUUCGGUGAUGGAAGGGAUACUGCCCCCAAAUCAGCUACGAAGUAUAUCGGUCAAUUGCAAGAUUACAUCAAAGAGGUUGGUAUCGGUGAGAUCUCUACUGUCGUAGGAAGAUAUUACGCCAUGGACAGAGAUAAGCGAUGGGAUAGAGUCAAGAUUGCCAUCGAAGGUCUGGUAGAAGGUAAAGGAGAGAAAUCGUCUCAAGAGGAAUUGAUCAAGACUGUUGAACAAGGUUAUGAGAAUGGUACGACGGAUGAAUUCAUUAAGCCUAUCAUCUCGGGAUCGGAGGAUUCGAGAAUCAAGAAGGGAGACACUCUCUUCAUGUUCAACUACCGAUCUGAUCGAAUGAGAGAGAUCACUUCGGUCCUCGGUCUUCCUGACAAGCCUAUGGAAGUCAACGUUCCAGAGGAUUUGAACAUCACCACAAUGUCCAAAUACAACGCCGAAUUCCCAUUCAACAUUGCUUUCCCACCUCAGGGAAUGACCAAUGUCCUUGCUGAAUGGUUAGGUAAACAAGGUGUGAAACAGUGUCACAUUGCUGAAACUGAAAAAUACGCUCAUGUCACCUUCUUCUUCAACGGUGGUGUUGAGAAGCAAUUCGAGAACGAAUCAAGAGAAAUGAUCCCUUCGCCUAAAGUAGCCACUUACGACAAACAACCUGAGAUGUCUGUCCAAGGUGUAGCGGACAAAGUGGCUGAGGUCGUCAAAUCUGACAAGUUCGAGUUUGUCAUGUGUAACUUUGCUCCUCCUGAUAUGGUCGGUCACACUGGUGAUUACGAAGCUGCUGUCAAAGCAAUUACCGCUACCGAUGCUGCUGUCAAGACAGUCUAUGACGCAUGUGAAGAAGCAGGAUAUGUGUUGUGUAUUACCGCCGAUCACGGUAAUGCUGAACAGAUGUUGGAUCCCAACACUGGUAACCCCCACACCGCCCACACCACUAACCACGUUCCAUUCAUCGUCACUGGCGAUAAAGGUUCGCUCCAAGUUUCCGGUGAACAAGGUGCUUUGGCGGAUGUAGCUCCCACCAUUUUGGCCAUCUUGGGUCUUCCUCAACCUGAGGAAAUGUCCGGUCGAUCCCUUCUUGCUAAGCAAUAG